UAAAGAAUAAUAAUAAAGAAAACUUUGAUACAACAGCAAAUAUGUCUAAAAAGAAUACUAAUAACAAUAACUUAAAGCAAAAAAAAACUCUAAAUAAUCUUUCUACUUGGAAUGAACAAGUAACUCAAGAACUUAAAAGAGAAAAAACAAAUUUACUACAAGAAAUAAAAGAAAAUAAACUUGCCUCAAACUCUUUAGAAAAAAAAGCUAUAUUAGCUACUUCUUUAUCACAAGAAAUGAGUAUAGAUAAAACUUUAAAAGAUAGAUCUAUAAAAGAUCAAAAAGAAGUCUUGAUAGCUAAUAAAAAUAAUAAUCUGACUAAUAAAUUAGAGAAACAGAGCCUACAGCUUCAACUUCU